AUGAUUAGCAUAGAAAAAAUUAAUGCGAUUAUCACUAAAAGCAUUUACGGAAUAUGGAAUGGAUAUCUUCUCACAAAAAUUUAUAAUACCGGCACUAACACACGUAGUAAUAACAAUAGAAAAAAAAGUUAUAGUAAUCAACAAGAAGUUUCAGAGAAAUUAGACGAUGAAGAAAGUAACAGCAAUACUAGACUACAACAACAACAAAUAAUUGUAAAAUCUGUAUUAAGGAAACGUAGAAAUGCUUCUGUUUCGACAAUUAAAAGUGAUCAUAGUCCAAGAAGAAGAUACAAUGUAUUGCUAUUUGGCGAUAGUCUAACUGCUGGCUGGAUGAAAAAUUCUGAAGGUUAUGCAUCAUAUUAUCCUUAUGGUUUACGUUUACAAAAAAGAUUUGAAGAAGAAGGCUUAGACGUCGAGGUAACAGUCAGCGGUGUACCUGGUGAGUGUGUGGUAUCGAUGGAAGAAAGAUUAAAAAAUGAGCUUGAACAACCUGGAAAAUGGUAUGAUUGGGUCGUGAUCCUAGGUGGAACAAAUGAUGUAAUAAAUGGUUAUUCAGCAUGGGAAAUCUUUGACGGAUUGCGUGAAGGCGGUAAAAUCUUAUUACAUAACAAUAAUAAAACGAUGAUGUGA